GCGUGACUGCAGCGCACUGCGGAAGAACGUUGACGGCGCUCCUUUAGGAAUGGGCGGCGCUUCCGGCAGAGAAUCGUCCCCGCAAGAUUGAAUGCUGAAUAAUACAUUUUUAAAAAUAUGGAUGAAGAACCUGAAAGAACUAAGCGGUGGGAAGGAGGCUAUGAGAGGACAUGGGAAAUUCUUAAAGAAGAUGAAUCUGGUUCACUUAAAGCUACAAUAGAAGACAUUCUCUUCAAGGCAAAGAGAAAAAGAGUAUUUGAGCACCAUGGACAAGUGCGACUUGGAAUGAUGCGCCACCUUUAUGUGGUAGUGGAUGCAUCAAGGACAAUGGAAGACCAAGAUUUAAAGCCUAAUAGACUGACAUGCACUUUAAAGUUGUUGGAAUACUUCAUAGAAGAGUAUUUUGAUCAAAAUCCUAUCAGUCAGAUUGGAAUAAUUGUAACUAAGAGUAAAAGAGCUGAAAAACUGACUGAACUCUCAGGAAACCCAAGGAAACAUAUAACAUCUUUGAAGAAAGCGGUUGAUAUGACCUGUCAUGGAGAACCAUCUCUUUAUAAUUCCCUAAGCAUGGCUAUGCAAACUCUAAAACACAUGCCUGGACAUACAAGUAGAGAAGUCCUAAUCAUUUUUAGCAGCCUUACAACUUGUGAUCCAUCUAAUAUUUAUGAUCUAAUCAAGACCCUAAAGGCAGCUAAAAUUAGAGUGUCUGUUAUUGGGUUAUCUGCAGAGGUUCGAGUUUGCACUGUACUUGCUCGUGAAACUGGUGGCACAUACCAUGUUAUUUUAGAUGAAAGCCAUUACAAAGAAUUGCUAACACAUCAUGUUAGUCCUCCUCCUGCCAGCUCAAGUUCUGAAUGCUCACUCAUUCGUAUGGGGUUUCCUCAGCACACCAUUGCUUCUUUGUCUGAUCAAGAUGCAAAACCCUCUUUCAGCAUGGCGCAUUUGGAUAACAACACUGAGCCAGGACUUACAUUAGGAGGCUAUUUUUGCCCACAGUGUCGUGCAAAGUACUGUGAACUUCCUGUUGAAUGUAAAAUAUGUGGUCUUACUUUGGUUUCUGCUCCCCAUUUGGCACGGUCUUACCAUCAUUUAUUUCCUUUGGAUGCUUUUCAAGAAAUUCCCCUGGAAGAAUUUAAAGGAGAAAGAUUUUGUUAUGGAUGUCAGGGGGAGUUGAAAGACCAACAUGUCUAUGUUUGUACUGUGUGCCAAAAUGUUUUCUGUGUGGACUGUGAUGUUUUUGUUCAUGACUCUCUCCAUUGUUGUCCUGGCUGUAUUCAUAAGAUUCCAACUCCUUCAGAGUAGAAAUUAGAAGUUUAUUAAAGGACAGCAGAAAAGACUUCUCCCCGAGGAUGAAGGGGACCCAAGAGGUGGAAUCCGUGGAAGUGCCGUUGUCUCCCCUUUUUAUAGUUUUGGUGAUGGAAUGUAAGGGGGAAGGGUUGGGACACAGGUGAGCCAAACAAGUAAUCUGGGCAGGAAGGACUUCAUUAUCACUUCUUUGGGAUGGGCUAUCUCCAAAUCUGUUGGGGGCUGUUUCCUGGGUUCCAUUAACAUUCCUUUGGGAUGGACUUUGGGCCUAGGGGCUAAGGUUUAUCUCAAUAGGAAAAAUUAGAAGAGAAUGACAAAGUUGAAUAUUUAUGCCACUCAUUAGGGUUAUAGAAGAUCCCAAAUUGUACAGAAUCAACUUAAUCAAUUAGUAAAAUGGUUUAGAUGCAACAGGGAAAUGUGAUGGGUAGUAAAAUAACUUCUAGAUAAAGACAGGUUAACUCAACCUCAAUUCUGCUACAUACUAGCUGUGCCAUUUUGGACAAAUUACUUAAGCACUCUGGGUUUCAGGCUGACUCAUCUAUAAGCUGGAGAUUAAAUAAUAGCACUUCAUAUAGCAUCCUGGGAGAAUGAAAAGCAAUGUGUUCAAAGUACUAAAUUUGGAAUCUGGCACAUGGUGUGCUUGUGGUGAAUAUUAAUUAUCAUUGUUUUUAAUAAAUAUUUACAUUGUGCUUGCUACAUGCUAGGCACUGUUUUAACUUAGCAAAAAGUUAUGUGCUAAGCACUAUUUUAAAAUUGUACAGAUAUUAAUCCAUUUGAUCCUCAUAACAGUCCUGUGAGACAGGUACUAUCAUUAUCAUCAUUAUUAUUAUCAUCAUCAUCUCUCAUAGACAAGGAAAUUGAAGUCCAGAGAUUAAGUAAUUUAGGACAACACAGGCAGUAAGAGCCAGUAAUUCAAAUUCAAACAAUCCACUUCCACCAACUGUGAUUCCCACACACCCUAUAUGGCAUUGGGAUUGAACCCAGGGACACUGAGUCACUGAGCUACAGCAGCAGGCUUUUUUAUUUUGAAACAGAGCCUCUCUAAAAUGCACAGUCUGACCUCAAACUCAGCCUCCAAAGUAGUUGGAAUGACAGGCAAGCAACUCUGUGCCUGGCCAGAGACCAUGCUGUUGACUAAAUCAGGCUUCAUCAUCAUCCUUGCUGCUGCCAUCAUCAUCAUCAUCAUCAUCACCACCACCAUCCUCUUGAACCAGAAAAUGAAGGUGAUGCAUGAGGAAUUAAUUUGUAUGUGUUAAUUGAUUAUUAAAGUUUUAUCUACACAACAAAUGGUUUCAUAAAAUGUGUACAUCACUCAUGUAAACUGAAUUAUAUUUUAAGUAAAAAUUUGGACUUGGAGAUAAAAAUAUACUUUUGGAAUCAUUUGGAUGGUUAGCAGGACUGUUAGGUCAAAAAAGAAAAGAAAAACAAAAAACCCUGGGUCUCAGAGUCAGUGUAUGUUUCUCC